AUGUUAAGAAGGCCAGCAACUACAAUCAAGCUUACCCCAGAGGAUGUUCUUGAGUAUGAUGAUGGUUUAUUGGACCAACAGAAUUCUCAACAUCAAUUUCAACAACUGCAUGAUCAGAAUCAUAAUGAUUUUAUAUUACAAGAGCAAAUGAAUACCAAUAUCCAUAAUAAUUCAAGCAAUGACAUAGCGACUAAAGAGCAAUCCAAGGAUGAUAGGAUUGGAGUGACUAGAAGUAAUUAA